CGCACGUAACCAACUGUUGGAACUUUGGCGGAAUACUAGCUAGAGCGGAGCGAGAUGGCAGCCAAGGAAGACUAUCGGAUUUUCGUGGGAGGUCUGGGCUGGGACAUGUCUGAACGUCAGCUUGAGACCGCCUUUAGCCGUUUCGGCAAAAUUAUCGACUCUCAGGUGCCGUUUCCCCCCUUUUUUGUUGAUCUCGGUGCUCUUGCCUUGCCUAAUUCCUACGUUUGUGUUUGGUUAUUGGGGGAGUGAGGAUAAACAAAAGCGGAACAGUUUACAGUUUCUGUACUCUCAUCGCAUGGUGGUUAACCGAAUUAGGCAUGUUAGGAGAUGUGUUGGUUACUUAUACCGAGAAAUAGCUAUCGCCAAUCGUUCAUCUCUUUACUUUUUCUCCCCAGUUGUCGUAAUGCUACUGCAUUUGUCGAUUACUGUGGGAUUAUAUAGAUCCUUGACAUUUCUGGGGAAUGGCUUUGAUGGCCAUAUUGGGUAGUGACUGGAGUGUUGUUGUGCUAAGGGUGUUUCUGAAAACAUUCAUGUAUUGGCACCUGAUUAAAAAAAAAACUAAACCUACAUCACCCUUAUAAAAAAAGCAUCCAUUUAUUGGCAAUUCCAUUUAGUUUCUGAUUGUUUGAAACGCACAUGAUACUUCCGUUGAGUUUCUUUGAAUGAUGCUGCUGACUAGCCCAUUGCUUUUUGCAACUCAGCGUGUAUGGUUGUUUGAACUUUUUUCCCUUUCUUUUCUCAUCAUCUUGUUGUUUUUGUUGUUUCAUCUGGACUUCCUCGUGAUGAUGUUUUGAGAAUUGAGGCGGAUGUAUAAUAAGAGAAGUUAUUUGGGGGGAAAGUUGGCAGAAUCAAGCUGCUGAAGUACUUUGUACGAGGUUAAGUGAAGGGUGUUAUAUAGUGUUUCGAGAUUCUACGAGUCAGAGAAGCCAGUUGCAAUUGUAUAGCGUCGUUUAACGUGUUUGAGAAUCACGUGUGCUGUUUCUGUUAGAAGAAGAAAUGUGGUUUGAUGCCGGAACAGCUUGAUUCUGAGUACUCCAGAUGAGGUUUGCUGGUGUCAUAUGGUUUGUGCCACCCUUGAAUGACUUACAAGGCAGCGAGAAAUUUGAUUUGGUUGUCCUUUGAUAACGGAAAGUUCAGUGUUUGUGACUGCACAUCUUCAUCUUACGGAAAUGGUUUUGUUCUCUGUUUCUUGUUAGUUGGACCAAAUUGUUGUGAGUUCUCACGUAGGUUGUGCUGGACUUUCUCAAGCUCGAGAGUUGCGUCAAGCUAAUUGCUGAUUUGGUCAAAAAAAAUCCUUGAUUGUUUCCAUUCAGUUACAGUGUAGUGUUCCCUAUCCCUCCCCUCUUUAGGACUGCUUAAUACUGUCACUUCAUUGGUUUUAGCCUCUUUCUGCAACAGCCAUCUCCGAACCAUCACCUCUCAUGCAUUCUGUUCAGCUACUGCAUACACCAUGAAGUAAUUCCCGCCUUUUCACAAAGUUUGGUUGGAUUUUGCGUGCCAAUUAAGUGAGUUUGCACUGACUCUGAUGCAAGGGAGCCACAUGUGCCUGCCAUUUGUUGAAGACUUGAAGUCAGAUGCUCUAGUGCAGGGAGAUACACUGAGGCCAGCUUCAGACACUAGAUGCUCUUUAUUUCGCUCUGGUUUGUUGCUGCCCUCUGGAGCUGCUCCUGCAUUAUAGUCAACUGAUUCCGGGAUGUGUCAGCAUAAGAGAAUUGUAUGGUUGAUAGACUAGUGCAAGUUGGGCAGUCGGCCCAAAAACUGAUAUCAAGUAGUAGGUGGCGAUUUGUCAGUCUCAAGCUCUAGAAUCGUGGGGCGGUUGUUGUUGUCCUCAUCUGAAACUCAUCCUGCAUAAACCUUUGAUUUCUACCAACUAAACAAAUGUGGCCUGCUGAUAAUGGAAACCGUGGAGCUGUCUCGUCAUAAUGUCCUCAUGUUGCACACCUAGUCAAAACUCUUAUAGACACACUGGGGAUUCAAAUUUUGCUGAAUAGUUUAGGGGCCUUGAUGUCGUUGUAGCCUCUUGGAGACAGUAUAAGGAUAUGGACUGCAGGUGCCCCUACCCGGUGGAUAGAAACCUCUGGAGAUUCUUGGUUAUUAUUUGGCACUGAAGUAUCUGUUAGUUGUUUUGGAGUAAUUGGGUUUUCAGAUGUUAUCAAACUCUCACUUGUCGGAACUGCAGACAGUUGUGGGAUCUUUUACUUGUUAGAUGUUCAGUUUUGAGUUGAAGUGUUCGUGUUUUGUUAGUUUUCUGUUUGGUUUACAUGUUUGCUCGAUCAAGAAGCUCUUCGUUUGCCUGCUGGAACUUCAAAAGCGCACAGGGAGCAACUCUGUUCUCAAUCCAGUUCCUUUACGAGUUGCUUGAUUAGGAUGUGAUCUUAAUAAUCAUAAGGUGCAAGGGAGGAAAAAUGAAUACAUAUCUGCAGAGUUGCAUGUUGAAGAAAGCUGUACAAGUGCCUUGCUGUGAACAAUUCUGAGUGGUUAAGAGUUUGAGGUUGCAUAUAUUACAUGUGGAUGGGGUUGAUUUAAGAUAUCUAAAGGAGAGAUUAUGUUAUUGUUUAUGGUGCCUGUGAUAUAUGAUGACAUUAAAGAGCACAAUAGUUACUUGGGAAUUUCACUGGUUAGCUGGGAUGUUUCUUUUGACUGUAACAUUGUUAUGGAACUUGCACACGGAUUUCUGUGGGAAACAGAUGCCAGUGGCUGCCGAACUUAGAUAACAGACAUGGUUUGCAGGAUCUUAAGUUUUCUGUUUAAGAUGCAUUCUCAAAUCUAUAAUAAUGCAGUCAGGGUAACCCAUCUGAUUGCUACUUCUGGUUUCUUCUAUUGUGAUUGCAUUUGAAGCAGAUCAUGGUGGAAAGAGAUACAGGACGUCCCAGGGGGUUUGGAUUUAUAACCUUUGCUGAUCGUCGGGGAAUGGAAGAUGCCAUCCGUGAGAUGCAUGGGCGGGAACUUGGGGAUCGGCCCAUUUCUGUGAACAAGGCCCAACCUAAGAUGGGAGAAGAUGUUGAACCGGGUUACAGGGGAGGAGGCUACUCUGACAAUCGCUAUAAGGGAGGAGGCUACCCAUCUGGUGGUGGAAGGGGGGGACGCUAUGGGGGAGGAGAUAGGCCUGUUGGACAAGAUGAGUGCUUUAAAUGUGGCCGGGCCGGGCAUUGGGCUCGGGACUGUCCAUCAUCAGGUGGCCGAGGAGGUGGUGGCAGUGCAUUCCCUUCGCGCUCUAGGUUUGGUGGCCCUCCUGCAGAUCGUGAGGAUCGCUUUGGUGGGGAACGUGACCGGUACAUGGAUGACCGCUAUGACGGUGGGCGCUAUGCUGAUAGGGACCGCUUUGAGAGCAGAGACAAAUACGGUACCCGUGACCGCUUCGCCAGUGACAGGUAUCCUCCUGCUGGUGACCGCUUUCUAGGCGACAGGUACGCUGGUGGUUCAGAUCGUUUUGGUCAAAAUGGGUAUGGCAAAGACAGUGCGUACGAGAGGGAUGCAGGGCCACGAGGAGGCGGUGAUAGGUAUGCAAGUGGAGGACCAGCACGCAGCGAGAGGAGCUACAGGGAUAGACCAGGACCCUUCGACCGUCCCAGUAGUCGGGGAGGGCGAUCCUUUGACCGCUACUGAAGCGAUGCUAUGAGAGAUGCUUUCCUUUGCCGUAGUAGGUGUUAAUCGGGUCAGAAUAUUGUAGGCUUAUUAUCCCUUGGAACUGUUGUACGUGAUUCUUGAUGAGAUUGGACGAAAGGUUUUCCAUAUGGGGAAGUUACACGACAUGACUGUCGUGUUGUAGUGUGUUUUGGGGUUCAACUUUGUUAGAUGUCUUAGUUAUUGGCUGCUCUGUCUGCAGUUUACAUGGAAGAGGUUCGAGAUAUUGCGAUUCGGUUCAGGUCUUGCCCAUUUGUUUUUCUCUUCUUAGCAGUGGCAACCUGCUUGUUUUGAUGUUUGAUGGAUGCAACGACGAACGAGCAGGUAAUACGCAUAUUUGACGACGAAUCGGUAAUACCGGAAAUGUAGGAAAUUUGAUGAUUGUGUAAUACUC